CUACCCACAAAAUGGAGCGCUACUUGAGCCGCCGCGAAAGUGGCUUCCACAUCCAGCGGAGCGACGACAACUUGGUGAUGCGGCGGAUCUACAGCUCGAUGGGCAUGUUCAAUAGCUACCACGCCAACUGCAAACCCACGGAGGCUGGACGCACGGGGGCCAUCUUCAAUCUGGAGUUUAAUGCGGAUGGCAACGUGGUGGUGGCCGCCACCGAGAGGAAGUGCGUCCUCGUCUUUGACGCCAUCACACAGAAGGAGAUCUUCAAGGUCCCAGACGCCCACACGGAUAGUGUGAAUUGUAUAAAAUUUUUCGACGAACGCCUCUUUGCCACGGGCUCCGAUGACUUCACCGUGGCCCUGUGGGAUCUGCGGAACAUGAAGCAGAAGCUGCGCGUCUUGCAUGGCCACUCCAACUGGGUGAAGAACAUCGAGUACUCCUCCAAGGACAAACUACUCGUGAGCUCCGGCUUCGAUGGCAGCAUCUUCACCUGGGACAUCAACUCGCAGACGGAGCAGGGCCUAAUCUCGCAGCGCGUCUUCCAUGCCAGCGGUUUGAUGCGCUGCCGGAUUUCGCCCACGGGCGAUAAGUUGGUGCUCUGCACCAGCGGUGGCUACAUCAUGAUCAUCCACCACCUGGACCUCACCACGCUGCACAAGGAUCUGUGCGGAUUUAGGCCUGGAAUCUACCGACUCAUGCAGCUGGGCGAACAGUACAUCCCCCAGGCGGCCAAGUACGACCAUGUCUUCUCCAAGCGGCAGAAGAAGAACCGCGUGGAGCUGGUCACCGACUUCCCAGAGCAAAACGAUGCCGAGAUGAUCAUGGCCCUGCAGAUUCACCCGCACUGCCGCUGCAUGCUGACCAGGAACGUCAGCUGCGACGAGCAGAGCGAGUGGACCUGCAUCCACGACAUCAACGAGGAGCCAAUGCGCAGCAGCAGCGAGGAUGAGGAGCAGGAGGAUCUAGAGCCGCAGCCCAAGAGGAAGCGCAGCCGCAGUCAGUUAAAUGAGAGCAGCGCAGGAGAUCAGGAGACAGCCAGACAGCCACGGAGACCCAUGCGUAUGGGCACGGUGCAGGUUUUCCAUCUGGACAAUGCAUCGGGAGCAGGUCGCGGCACUGCCUCGGUGUCCACGCGAACAGACACCUUUAUACCGGACAUCUGGGCGGCGGAGGUGACCGUCCAGGAGCGGGCCAUCCGCCAGAACCGGGCGCGCAACUCCAAUAACCAUGUGAGCGGCUAUAACUUUGUGUACGCCAUUAGCAGCGGAGUGCUGCCGCUGCGACCCUCGGUGGCCAGUCGGUUGAUGGUCAACAGUAGAACGCCGCCGCCCACGGAGGGCAACCAGAGUAGCAGCAGCUCCUCCAGCAGCAGUAGCUCCUCCUCCAGCAGCAGCAGCUCCUCCAGCGACACCACAGUCCGAUUAGAGAUUGGCCAGCGGCUGCGACUGCGUCCCUUUAUGCCCGCGGCGGCCACUUCUAAAGAGAAUGGCCAUUCCAUACUGGUGAAUGCCAAGAAGCUUCUCUACUACGCCGCCGAGACAAACACCAAGCCGGGCUUCAUCAAGGAGCCGGGAUUCUCAGCGGAUGGUCGGAUUGUCUGCUCGCCCUACGGCAAUGGAGUGCGACUCCUCGGCUACAGCGACGAUUGCUGCGACUAUCCCAGAUGCCAGGCCUUCGAGGAGGUGAAACGAGAGCCGCGGAAACUGGUCGAGCUGGCCAAGAUCACCGAGCACCAGGACGUCGUGCUGUGCGCCAAGUUUAGCCCAAGGGAGCCGCUACUGGUGACCGGCUGCAACGGCGGCGAGGUGACCUGGUAUCGACCCAAUCUUUAGACUUCAGCUCUCUGUCACAUAUUGUACAUUUUAUUUUCUAUUUAAGCAUAAUUCGACUUAUGUCAAGUAUAUAUAUUGGCGAAAUACAAGCAACACACACGAUUAUGGUGGACCGAUUAA